UCCUCCCUCCUUAGAAACGCCCUAGUUACCGGCCCAGGGUGCAGCGCGGCGCCUGGUUACCGGCCCAGGAUGCAGCGCGGCGCCAAUGAAGGGGAGGAGGAUGGUGGCGGGUGUUCAGGAUAACAUGGAGAAGGAUCAACGAAAUAUUAUAGUUUUUAAUGCAUCAAAGAAAGAACUAUUUUCUACCACUAGUGGGUACAAGUCAUUGCAGAAGAAACUUCGCACCAACUGGAAGAUACAAAGUUUUAAAGAUGAAAUCACAGAAGAGAAACUAAUAGGUGUGAAAUUGUGGAUUACAGCUGGUCCCAGAGAGAAAUUCACCGCUACUGAACUUGAUGUAUUGAAAAAGUACUUAGAAAGUGGAGGAUGUAUUCUUGUGAUGCUGGGAGAAGGUGGAGAAUCGAAAUAUGACACAAAUAUAAAUUUUUUAUUAGAGGAGUAUGGAAUUAUGGUAAAUAAUGAUGCUGUUGUAAGAAAUAUGUAUUAUAAGUACUUCCAUCCCAAAGAAGCUUUAAUAUCAAAUGGAAUUUUAAACAGAGAAAUUAGUCGAGCAGCUGGGAAGUCUGUGCCUGGAAUGAUGGAUGAAGAAAACAAUGGCAACAACUUACAAGCCCUAACGUUUGUUUAUCCAUUUGGUGCUACACUGAGUGUAAUGAAACCAGCUAUUGCAGUGCUGUCGACAGGCUCUGUAUGUUUUCCCCUCAACAGGCCUAUUCUGGCAUUCUACAAUUCCAAGCUCCAAGGUGGAAAAUUGGCUGUGCUGGGAUCUUGUCAUAUGAUCAGUGACCAAUACUUUGACAAAGAAGAAAAUGGCAAAAUCAUGGAUGUUGUUUUUCAGUGGCUGACUACAAACGAAAUCCAGUUAAACCAAAUUGAUGCCGAGGAUCCAGAGAUUUCAGAUUAUACCAUGCUUCCAGAUACAGCUAAACUGUCUGACAGACUGAGGGUGUGCUUGCAAGAAGGGGAUGAAAAUCCACGGGAUUUUACUACGCUAUUUGACAUGUCGGUCUUUAAACUGGACACAAUGGCUCUCCCAAAAGUUAUCACGGCGUAUGAACAACUGAAUGUGAAACAUGAAUCUCUCCAACUGAUCCAACCUCAGUUUGAAACCCCACUCCCUACACUGCAGCCAGCCGUCUUUCCUCCCUCCUUUCGAGAGUUGCCAGCGCCAGCAUUGGAUCUCUUUGAUCUUGAUGAAACAUUUUCAUCUGAGAAAGUGAGACUUGCUCAGCUGACUAACAAAUGUAGUGAUGAUGAUCUGGAAUUCUACAUUCGUAAGUGUGGUGACAUUCUUGGUGUAUCAAACAGACAAGAAAACAAAGAUGCAAAAGAAAUUUUAGAACACAUCUUUUUCCAAGUGGUGGAAUUUAAGAAACUGAAUCAGGAUCAUGACAUAGACACAAAUGAAGCUGGAAUAAUUUCCUUGCAGAAUAACUGAAACUGAGUAGCUGUGCUACAGCUGAUUCAGCAGGAUCUUGGAGAUUUCAGCAGCACUUGGUCCUUUUACAACAUGUAACUUGCAAAUUGUUAGAUUCCUUACUCAAAAUAUAUAUUUUUGUAUUGAAAGAGUUGAUCAUUUUGGCUGUCUACAACUUCAAGAUAUUUCAUACACUACUUUUACAUUUAAGAUUAUGGUCAAUAUAUCCUCUAAAGCAAUUCCAUACAUGUAAAUAUCUCCAUUUAUCAAAUCGUACUCGGCUUUAGACUCAGAUUAAAGCCCACCUUAACAUUGGUCUUGGUUUAGAAUGUAACUUGUUCUUUGAAUUAUUUUCAUAUUACAUUUGGGGUUAUAUUGAGUCAUGGGGUUAUACAGUACAGAAACAGGCCCUUUGGCCCAACUUGUCCAUGCUGAUCCAUUGCCUACUUGAGCUUGUCGGAUUUGCCUGCAUUUGGCCCAUAUCGUUCUGAACCUUUCCCCCUUCAUGAACCUGUCCAAGGGUCCUUUAAAUGUUGUCAUUGUGUCCAUCCCACUACCUCCUCUGGCAGCUCGUUCCACAGACCCACCACUCUGUGUGGAAAAACCUGCCCAUUAAAUCUUUCCCCUCUCACCUUAAACCUGUGCCCUCUAGUUUUACAUUCCCCCACCCUGGCAAAAUGACUGUGACAAUCCACCUUAUCUCUGCCCCUCAUGAGUUCAUAAACCUUAAUAAAGUCACCCCUCAACCUCCUACGCUCCAGGGAAAAAAAACUUCCAGCCUAUCCCAUCUCUCCUUAAAAUUCAAGCCUUCCAGUCCUGGUAUCAUCCUUGUUUGCACCCUUCCUACAGCUGGGUGACCUGAAUUGCUCACGUUACUCCAAGUGCUGUCUUACCAACACCGUGCACAGCCGCAACAUGAUGUUCCAACUCACAUUCUCUGUGGCCUUUACUUUCUUGUACUUAAGCAUUGCUGUUUAUCUACUUG